AUGAGAUGGUACAGAAGUUUAGAGGACAUGAAAGCCAGAUUGGCACGAAUCAGGAUCGCGAAAGCUUCGAGCGGAGCGGCCUUCGUGAGCAAAAAGAAGGCGGCCGAGGCACGAUUGGCCGCGCAGGAGAGCGGCCUUCAGCUGGACGACAACUACAAGGAGGAGGAUAUUUUCGAAUUGCAGCAUCAUCAUCUACUUCGUUGUUUAGAGAAGACCACGGAUCGCGAGUUCGUGGAGAUGGAGGUGCCCUACAACGGUGCCCCGAAGAGGCCAGGCUCGCCGUCGCCCCUGACCUCACCCGCGCACAGCACUGCCUCGAGGGGCGGCCUGCUGCACGCCUGCUGCGGCCGCUGCUACCCCCAACGUUACCAGCCGAAGGAACACCGGGAGCCUGUAGUGGAGCAUCCACUUCAGAUCAGCCAGGACCUAAAGAAGCGCGGUUCCCACACCUGUGACAUGCAGGCCCUACAGCCACUUCCGGUCCCAACCACCACCACCACCAACACCGCGCCUGCCAUGACUACUUCCGGUGGGCAGCCACCGCUUCCGGUAUCGGAGACCGCUUGAGUCGAUCACCGAGACCAAUCACGAUCACCAUAUCCGCUAUUAUGAACAAAACA